AUGGCAGGCUACCGCGCAGCUUCGUCCUGUCCUGAAAGGACUGAACGGCCCAUCACCAGCUCGAGUGGUCCGCCAAAGAAGCAGGCAAAGCCGACCCCAUUUGAACAGGUUUUGAUGAACGGGUUUGACGCCCCAUCCAGUUCGUUGUACCACAGGCAGGAGACGGCCUCGAGUAGACAGGGCCCGAGACCGCCCGCCGUAAACGCGACCGUGAACAGCACUACGGGGUACAUGCACAGCAUAACUGCGGUUGUCUGCUGCCGGGUUAUGCGCCCGGACGGCACAGGUCGCCAGGCCGGACUCGUGGUGGCAGCCCGCCUGUCGGAAAACCCACAUGUUCGCGUCCUUGUACUCGAGGCGGGCGAAGACCACAGUGCCGACCCGCGUGUUCAGAUUCCGGCCCUGUAUAAGGCUCUGGAGCGUACGGACGCCGACUGGGGUUUCUCCACCGAGCCGCAGCCCCAACUCAAUGGGCGAAAGGUUCCUGUCAACCAGGGCAAGGCUCUGGGCGGGUCGAGCAGCAUCAACGCACAUGUCUUUGUGCCGCCGGCCAAAUGCCUGGUUGACGCAUGGGAUCAACUCGGUAACCCAGGCUGGAACUGGAACGCGCUACGGCCCUACUUCGCCAGAGCGUACACAUCCCCGCAGGUUGACAAGAGCCUUGAGCGAGUCAUGGGUAUUAGCGAGUGGACGAGCCGUGAUAAUGAAACCGCCUCGGGUCCCAUCCAGACCUCGUUUCCCGGGCCCGCUUCGCACCCCAUUCGAGAAGCCUGGGCAGAGACUUUCAAGAUCAGCGGCCUCGCUAUGGCGCAUGAUCCGUUUUUUGAAUCAUCCGUAGGAGCUUUCAGCUGUCUGGCUAGCAUCGACCCGGCCAAAAAGGAGAGGAGCUACGCAACCACAGCUUACUAUCACCCAAUCAAGAACCGCGACAACCUACAGGUACUCACUGGCGCUUGUGUGCUCAAGAUCGACUUUGACAAGGCCUCUCCGUCCGUGCCAAAAAUCCGCGCCACCUCGGUCCAGUACGUUAAGGAUGGCGAGUUUAAAACGGUUGCGGCGGCGAAAGAAGUUGUCAUUGCAGCAGGCGCCUUCCAGUCCCCCAAGGUGCUCGAACUGUCGGGCAUAGGUGACGCACAGCUGCUCGCGAAGCACGGUAUUGAUGUCGUCCAGAACCUUCCCGGCGUAGGCGAGAACCUAAACGACCACCUCGUCACUAGCAUCGGCUACCAGGCGCGAGACGACCUGGAGACUCUCGACGCACUCGCCCGGCAGGAGCCCGAAGCCAUUGGUCAGGCUAUGCAAGAGUACCAGUCAAGCCGCUCCGGGCCGCUCACCUCCGUCGGGGUAUACACUUACGCCUACCUACCCCUGCCAGUGGAAGGCCAACAUCGGCUGCGCGAGCUUCUCGACAGCAACCGUCCCGACGAGAGCCAGCCACUCGCACGAGCGUUGCACAACAUCGCCGAGAGGAUGCUGCUGGAUUCCAAGGCGCCGUCGGGGGCGUACCUCAGCCUCAUGGCGCAGACGGCCCCCCCUGUCGAGCCCGGCUCCGGGUCACCCACAGGACCGGUCCCAGGCAAGUUCGUCUCGAUCGGCGCCAUGCUGUCUCACCCACUCUCGCGUGGCAGCGUACACAUCCAGUCGAGCAACCCGUUCGUCGACCCCGUGAUCGACCCGCGCUAUCUCUCCAACCCCAUCGACGAGGAAGUCCUGGCCCACCACCUGCUGCACAUCGAGACCAUCGUUGCGUCGUCACCGCCGCUGGCACGUCUGCUACACCAGCCGCUGACCCGCCGGGACCCGGCUUCGCACCUGGUCGAUUUGGACACGGCCAAGAAGUAUUUGCGCACCACGGGCACGUCCAUGUGGCACCCGGCAGGCAGCUGCGCUAUGCUGCCGCGAGAGCUCGGCGGUGUAGUGGACGCUAAGCUGAGGGUGUACGGCGUCGAGAACGUGCGUGUUGUGGACUCGAGCGCUAUCCCCAUGGUCAGCACCGCGAAUCUGCAGGCGACUGUGUAUGCGUUUGCUGAGAGGGCAGCUGAUCUUAUCAAGGAGACGUGGUGA